AUGUCCGAAUAUAUAGGAUCGCGAAUUUCGCUCAUUUCCAAGAGCGAUGUCCGCUACGUUGGUAUCCUCAACGAGAUCAACUCCGAGCAGUCGACCGUUUCGCUUGAAAAUGUCAAGUCGUAUGGCACUGAAGGUCGUCGGUCUCGACCUGAGGAAAUCAUCCCUCCAUCGGACCAAGUCUACGAAUACAUCAUUUUCCGAGGCAGUGAUGUCAAGGACCUUCGAAUUGAGCAACAACCCGUGAAGGAGACCAAACCUGCCGCCGUGCCGAGUGAUCCCGCUAUUCUUGGUGCACGCCCUCGAGAAGCUCCCCAAGCUCAACCCCAAGAGGCGAACAACCAAAGGCCUAAUGUACCUGGCCCUGCCGGUGGCGCACCGGGAUUCCCACAGCCCGGUCCCCCUCCCUUUAACAACUAUUAUGGGCCCCCUCCUGGAUCGUGGGGUCGAGGCGGUGGCCCCGGCCCUGCUCCCGGCCCCGGUUUUGGCAACAUGCCAUAUCCUCCUCCGCCUGGUUGGUUCCCUCCGGCCCAAGGCUUCCCGCCCGGUCCCGGCGGUCCCGGACCUGGCCCUUGGAAUGCCAACUACCCCUUCCCUCCCGGUGUUCCUGGUCCUGCGGGCCCUCCUGCUCAGGUCCAAGCUCAGGCUCAGGCCCAGGGCCAAGCCCAAGCUCAAAAGAGCCGAAGAACCCCAGUUGGUACACCGGGAACUGAGGGAAAGCCUGCCGCUGCCCCUGGCAAACAGGACCAACCUCCUCAGGCUAGCCAACAACCUCCAACUGAGCCGAAGUCGCUCGGUCAGGGUGCCCCGAAGGCUCCCACAGCUCCCACCCCAUCGCAGGACGCCAAGGCCCCGAAGCCUGCCAUCCAAAAGGCUCAACCAGAGUCGAUUCCCACUGGCCCAAAGAACAACCGCGUGGCGCCUGUGAUUCCCGCCGUACCCAAGCCAUUCCAGGUCCCUGCUAGCAUGGCUGGAGCUGCGGCUUCUAGCAGCAAGUCCACAGCGCCAGCUUCCAACGCCAAUGUCCAGGAUGCUACUGAGGCGGCCAAGGCAGCCGUCGCUCUAGCUAUGGCUAAGAUGGAGGCGGGCAACAUCCACGUCCCGCAGCAACAGAGCAGUGGUGCCAUGGAUAACCUGACAAAGAAGGUUAAUGAGAUGCGCGUGCAUGCAGUACGUGCCGGCCAUACCGGUCGCGGUCGUGGUCGUGGUGGGCGCUCUGGCCCUAGCAAGAUCGAGGUCCCUGAUGCGGACUUCGACUUUGCAUCAGCGAAUGCCAAGUUUAACAAAGAUGACAUCGUGAAAGAGGCUAUCGCCGGGUCUCCAUCCGAGGCUCCAAAUGGUUCCGGCGCCGAGGUUGUGGAUACCGAGAGCGCCGAGAAGCCUGCAAGCCCCCAGGCGUACGACAAGAAGAAAUCCUUCUUCGACAACAUUUCUAGCGAAGCCAAAGACCGCGCUGAGGGUAGUGGCCAAAAGGCUGGAGGCCGUGAGUGGCGCGGUGAGGAGCAGCGCAAGAACAUCGAAACCUUUGGCCAAGGAAGCGUGGACGGCGGCUUCCGCAACAACUAUAGGGGUAGGGGCCGUGGCCGUGGUGGUCGCGGCCGGGGAUAUCAGGGUGGAUACCAGGGCCGAGGUGGUGGUCGAGGAGGAAAUUUCCGCCCUCGUGAUGGUGUCACAUCGACGCCAAGCGCGCCCCAGUAA